UUUAUCGUCAAAUUCCUGUUUUACAUUUUUAAAAUUUGGUCAUGGACUCAAUUGAUGAAGAAAUCCGUGGCUUUAUCGUCAAAGUAAAACUGGUAUAAGAAGAGGGGACAUUUUCACGAAUUUGAUUUACGAUAGUUUCUUUGCCCGUUUCACAUUCAUGACGGAAACACUGUUUUACGUUCAGUAACGAUAACACUUGCACUACCGGUUUCGUCUUGUGCGCCGCUACUGUAUUACAUCUUAGUUCCAUUUCUGCACAGGCAAUGUUUGUUCGUUUUGAAUUGUCUUUCCACUUUCCACAUCCACGAUCUAAGUAAGACGGAUCAAGUCUUUUUUCUAAAAAUAUCUCUUCCACUUCCACACUGCCUUUGACAGUGAUUGUAUGAUCGCUACAGUCUUGUCAAUUUUCUCUCUGUUUUCAAGCGCCAUGGCAGCCACACGAGAAAGAAGUUUCAUCAUGAUCAAACCUGACGGUGUCCAAAGGGGCCUCGUUGGAGAAAUCAUCAAAAGAUUCGAACAGAAAGGGUUUAAACUCGUCGCACUCAAGUUCGUUUGGCCCACUGAAGACCUUCUGAAGAAGCACUAUGCUGACUUGUCAGACAAGCCAUUCUUCCCAGCCUUAGUUAAAUACAUGGCCUCAGGCCCAGUUGUUCCUAUGGUAUGGGAGGGCCUGAAUGUUGUUAAAACUGGAAGAGUGAUGCUAGGUGCUACAAACCCUGCUGACAGUGCCCCAGGUACAAUAAGAGGAGAUCUUUGCAUCCAGAUGGGUCGCAACAUUUGCCAUGGAUCUGACUCUGUGGAGUCUGCAAAGAAGGAAAUUGGUCUGUGGUUCACAGAGAAGGAAGUUGUUGCCUGGUCACCUGCCAAUGACUGCUGGGUAUAUGAAGAUUAAGCAUUUAGGAUCUUAUAUAAAUUAUUUUUACUUGAUAUUAUGUAUAGAAUAAAAUGAGAAUAAAUGUUUUCAUUCAACUUUUAUUUCUGUAUUUCAGAAUACCGUUUUUAUUUUCUUUCAUCUUUACACAUUGAAUGCUUGCCUACAAAACUCAACAAUAUAAAUAUUUCACUUCAUUUUCAUGCAAACCUGAUAUAAUUAAUGCAAAACUCAACUCGUGCUAAAUAAGAAGUGGAUAUAGCUAUGUAAUGUCAGUCCUUAUGACUGACAUGACAUUAGAAUAUUUGUGUCAGUUAUAAUAUGGCCAUCAGAGUGUAAAGAAAAAAUGGUAGCAAAUAGUUCCAUACACUUCUCUUGGAUAAUAUAAACAGUUGAUUGCAAAAACUCCUUAAAAAAAAUAUAGUAUAUCUAAUAUGAUCUAUUAUACAGAUAUCUUGGAACUAUCAAAAAUAGAAAACUAAGACCUGUUAAUCCUCAUAGUGAACAUGUUAAAUGUAUGUUUUUGAACUUGGAGAUAUGAAAUAAAAAUACAUUCAUAAUGUGAGAA